CACCGCGACAGCUUGUUGAUUUCGGUUUUCGUUCCUCGCAGAAAAAAAAAACGACGCGUUCCUGCAGCCGGCGCAAAAUCCGUGUUUAAAUCCGUACCAAUUCUACGUUAUCCAAACUAAAUGGUUCGCUAACUGUUCCGCAGAAUUGCCCCCACCAUGGGCGACGUGAUUAAAUCUCUGCGCGAAAAGUCGCAAAAGCGCAAGAAGCUUCUUGCUCAGACGCUGGGCGUUUCCAGCGUUCAGGACCUUAAGCAUGUGCUCGGGACGGCCGAGGAUACGCCGAUGGGCAAGGCGCAGCGCUACGAUGACGAGGAGGCCAGCUCGUCGAAAAAGUCCCAAUCGUCGGAGGGAAUGGUGUACCGGGAUUCGUCUACCUUCCUGAAGGGUACUCAAUCGUCGAAUCCCCACAAUGAUUACUGCCAGCACUUUGUCGAUACUGGGCAGCGACCGCAGAACUUUAUCCGGGACGUUGGCCUGGCGGACCGGUUCGAGGAAUAUCCGAAGCUGCGCGAGUUGAUCCGGCUGAAGGACGAACUGAUCUCCGAAACGGCCUCCCCGCCAAUGUACCUGCGGGCGGACCUUAAAAGUUUUGACCUCAAAAAUCUGGGAACAAAGUUUGACGUAAUUUUGAUUGAACCUCCGCUGGAGGAAUACGCCCGCGGUGGAGCGGCCGUGGCCGCGGGGGCUCCGCGUAACUUCUGGUCGUGGGACGAAAUCCUGGCUCUUGAUAUCGGCGAAGUCGCAGCCCAUCGCAGCUUCGUGUUUCUCUGGUGUGGCAGUUCCGAAGGAUUGGACAUGGGUCGCAAUUGCCUGCGCAAAUGGGGUUUCCGGCGGUGCGAGGACAUCUGCUGGAUCCGAACCAACAUCGACUCCCCAGGACACUCCAAAAUCCUCGAACCCAAAGCGGUUUUCCAACGCACCAAGGAACACUGCCUGAUGGGCAUCAAGGGAACCGUCCGCCGCUCGACCGACGGAGACUUUAUCCACGCCAACGUGGACAUUGACCUCAUCAUCUCGGAAGAAGCCGAAUUCGGCAGUCUGGAAAAACCAAUCGAAAUUUUCCACAUCAUCGAGCACUUUUGCCUGGGCCGUCGUCGCCUGCACAUCUUUGGCCGCGACUCGACAAUCCGACCGGGCUGGGUCACGAUCGGACCGGAACUUACCAACUCGAACUUCAACAGCGAGCUGUACGCUAACUCGUUCGAAGAGAAUCCGACCACCGGCUGCACCGAGCGAAUCGAGGCGCUGAGACCGAAGAGCCCGCCCGCAAACGGGAAGGUGCUGCGUGGCCGGGGAAGAGGUUUUUCGCGGGGCCUCCGAGGACGGAGCCGGUAAGUGAGGAUUUCCCUACCUUUUUUUUGCUUCUUUUAUCACAACAAUCACUUGGACACAGUGCAGCUGCAAAUGCGUACGAAAUGUUUCUUUUUUAGUUAUAAUCAUAACGACAAACAAACAAAAAAAAAAUCACAUAAUAUAACACACUAUAUUCCUUUGUA